AUGCCUAUGCCUAUGUGCAACGAGCUUACAAAUGUCGCGCAGACAACCAUCUUCUCCCCCGAAGGCCGCCUCUACCAAGUCGAGUAUGCUCUGGAGGCCAUCUCACAUGCAGGCACCGCAAUUGGCAUCCUGGCCAAGGACGGUAUCGUCCUGGCUGCCGAGCGGAAGGUCACCUCGAAGCUCCUGGAGCAGGAUACCUCAGCCGAGAAGCUCUACAUCCUCAACGACAACAUGAUCUGUGCCGUCGCCGGAAUGACUGCCGAUGCCAACAUCCUGAUCAACUACGCCAGACAGCAAGCGCAACGCUACCUCCUGACCUACAACGAGGAUAUACCCUGCGAACAACUGGUGCGGAGGCUUUGUGACCUCAAGCAAGGCUACACACAGCAUGGCGGUCUGCGCCCGUUUGGUGUCUCCUUCAUCUAUGCGGGCUGGGAUCCGCAGAGGCAGUUUCAGCUCUACCUGAGCAACCCGUCUGGCAAUUACGGUGGUUGGAAGGCAACGAGUGCGGGGGCCAAUAACGCCAGCGCAUCCAGCUUGCUCAAGCAGGAUUACAAGGAAGACUGCACCCUGAAGGAGGCAUGUGGCACGGCGGUCAAGGUGCUCAGCAAGACGAUGGACUCGACAAAGUUAAGCAGCGAGAAGAUCGAGUUCGCGACGGUUGGACAGACCAAGGACGGCAAGAUCUACCACCGGCUAUGGAGUGCAGAUGAGAUCACGACCCUGCUCAAGGAGCACGACCUCGCAAAAGACGAGAGUGCGGAUGACAAGUAG